AUGUGGCAAAACGGCGAUAAAAUUGAUUCUAAAUGUAAGGUGUGUUCUUUUAUCGCUUUUCGAAAAUUUAUAUUUUUUGUUUUACACUGCAAAAAAAUCGAUAAGUUUUAUUACCAUAAGUCCUCAAAUUUCUCCAGUAUAAGAAAAGAGAAGAAAACACCCGCGGGGACGAAAAUAGUGUGUGAAAAUAGGAGAUACGAGACACCUGAAAAGAAAUGACAGGCUGGCAGGAAACUACGAACACUUUUGAAAAACUAAUAUUUUUUUUUAGUUUUUUUUUCAAAUUAUAUAAUGACUCAUAACUUUCUUUGCUUAUGAGCAAUUGUACUCAAAAUUGAUCGAUUAAUCAUUGAGAUAUAAUUAAAUCCUUUUAUAUAAAUCUUCUUUGUCGAACAAUUUUGUUCUAUUUGCUUUUCUGUUUUUUUCUUUCUGUUUCUGUGUUCUGGCGGCUGGCUCGGACAGGUUUUUAUAAUAAUAUUUCUAUCUUUUGUUUAGUUCUACAUUGAUUUUUCUGUCAAUUUUUUGCGGAACAGUGUUACGAAAUAUCUACUUUUAAUUAUGAGUUAGAUUGUUUUAAACAAUUGUUUUCCCACAAAAAGCCGCUUUGCCCGAAGAACAUAUACAUAUUUGUCCAAUUUUAUGUAAAUAUCUAUCUCUAUAUUAUUAUUAUUAUUAUUUUAAUAAAAUAGUGCGCGAAAUAUCAAUGAAAUUCGAGAGAGUGUAGAGAGAGGCGAUCAUUGAGAGACGCAGACAUUUCAAGAGGUACGGCAAAAAUCGAGAGAUAGUGUGAUGUUAAAGAGACGCAGAUUGAAAAUCGCUAUGCGUCUGUCGUCUGUGUAGUUUCUGACAUCGAAAAGUGGACAACGAACAAAAUAUUUUAUACUUUUUCAUAAAUAUUUUUUUUUUCAAAAAAAAAACUAGGGCUGCACGAUGGGGCGUGGGGCGGCCCCUCGCCCCGCCACGCUUUUGCCCCCUCGCCCCUUUGCCCCCUCGCCUCUUUGCCCCCUCGCCCCAUUGCCCCCUCGCCCCGUCGCCCCUUCGCCCCGUCGCCCCCUCGCCCCCGUUUGUAACUGUGUGCGCGCUUCUAUCUUCUUUCAUUUCUUCACCACACACAGUUACAAGCGGGGGCGAGGGGGCGACGGGGCGAAGGGGCGACGGGGCGAGGGGGCAACGGGGCGAGGGGGCAAAGAGGCGAGGGGGCGAAGGGGCGAGGGGGCAAGCGAUUUUUUGCACGGUGUUUCAUCGCGGGGUGCCCCACGUGCAGCCCUAAAAAAAACAUUCUCGAAAAAAAACCCAAGAUGGAUUUUUUCUCCUGCUCUCUUUUUCUUUUUUUGCCGACACCUUAUGAAUAUACAAUUAGCCAGUAUGGCCAAGCCUAGCAUUUGCACCGAGUCUGUUGCAUUUUUCUCUUUUUUUUGAAAAUUUUUGCAUAAGAACUAUGAGAUUAUCAUAUUUAUGAUACAAAUCGAUUUUUAUAGAAACAUGGGAAUUUUUUUCGGACUUCGGCUCAAAAAUUAUUAACAUGAGUCUAGACAAAAAUUAAUUUUUUUUUUUACAAAAAACUGAUUUUUUUCUGUCUCGGCUCUCUUAAUUUUACGUAUAACCUGUUAUCAAAAUAAUUUAUUUCUUCUCAAAAAUAUAGUGUUCAUUUUGCAGGCAUGUCAGAUGAAGAACUGGAAAAACUGCGUGCCGAAUCAGCGCGUCUUUCUCAAUUAUUAGAUGAAGCGACUGCUGACAAAAUAAAAGCGGCCGAAUAUGGAAUGCUUUUAUUGGAACAAAAAGAUGAAUUGGCAAAACAACUCAAACAUCUACAAUCGGAACUCGAAACAACGCGAGUUGAAGUGGAUAAAGCCAAUCAAAUGUUAGCCGAUCAUCGAACAAAACAUCAAAUGACAACUAGAAGUGAAUUGGAAAAUGAGGAAAGUUUGUUGGAAGAAAGUUCGGCGAAAGAAAGAGAACUGUUGAAUCGGAUACAAACAUUGGAAAAUGAAUUGAAAGCAAGAGAAAAUGAAUUGGCUGAAAAAAAGGCGGAAUUGGAAAGAAUUCAUACAGAACAUACAAAAGCUAGUGAUUCUGGAGCUGCGCUUGAAGAUGAACGACGAAAAUUGAAAGGGGAACUCAAAGAAACUAAGGUAAAUUAUUUUAUUGGGAAGGAAAAUUCUAUCAAAAUUAUUUAAACUUGAGCAUCUGCUAAUGGAUUGCUGUUAUUCAUAGAAAAAUCAAUAAUUGAAAUACUAUUCCUUCUAAAAAUAUUUCUCAAUCUCUCCAAAUUUGCAAUACAAUGUGCAAUUGGAAAAAUAAUAUCAAUUGUCAAAUCGUUGUAACACAUUGUCUUUUGAAUCCAUUGAUUUUCCUUGGAAAUUAUGAAGUAGCUAAUUAUACCAAGAAAUUUUAUCUGAAAAAAUCCAUUGAAUUUCUAGUGUGUAUUCGAUUAUUUUUAAAUUGCAUAAGUUUUGCUAACUCUUCUAACCAAGGGUAAAAUAAAUAUAGUUAAAAAUUGAAUGCUUAUAGAUAUUUCAUGUUUCAAUUGCAUUUUUGACAAAGAAUCCUUCUUUUUGUAGAGCAAAGUUAAAAGCAAAAUAUUUAGAAUAAAUAAUAUGAUUGGAAAAAUGAAUUGAAAACUCCAUAGAGUAAGGAAAUCUUUUAAUAUCUGAAAUUAAUUUGUUUUGACCGAAUUAAAAUAACAAUUUGAAUUAAUUACAUCUAUUGUAGUCACAUUGUAUCUGGAAGAAUCUUCGUAUUCAAUUAGUGAUGUAAAUAUAUCACAUUUUAUGUGAAAUAUACAUCAAAAACCCUGAUUAUAAUAGUGAAAAUAGUGAGAAAAUAAAUUGGUUUGAAAAAUCGUGCCAACCAAAAUCCUUUACUGAUAUUUGAAAUCGACAAAAUUUUUUGAAUCGAUAAAAGUAGUGGAAAAACAACAGGUAGUUGAAUUGGUAGAUUGAAAACUUGAAAACCAACUAAUACACUGACAAUUAAUUAAAUUAAGUAUAAUAAUAAUUAUUCUUCUGAAACUUACUUGAUAAAUACAUAAUAGUUACCGUCAUUUCGAGCCAUAUGCUGGAAGGCUAGUAAAAUGAAAUCUCGUAGUGCAUAAAUGAAAAUGAAAAUAUAAAGACGAAAUAACAUUUGAUAUUCAAUUGAUGUUUUUGAACCAAUCGGAAUUAAUAAAAAAUAUGGAAUUCGCAAUAAAUAAUAUAUUAUAUAUGCAUCAAAUUUUGAGUUGUCAAAUUUCUCAUUUCCAUCGCCAAUCAGAUUCAUAACAUCUACUAUCUGCAUGAUUAUCGGAUAUAUUAUGAGAAAAUAUAUAAAUUUAGAGAAGUUGCGAGAAGUUCAUUUAAUAAUAGGUUUAAAAAAUUAUAUAGUGGAUGAACUUUUAAAAUGAAAUAUUUUUUUGAAUAAAAAGGUUAAGAAAAAUCUCUAGGGAAGAGAGAGGAAAUUAAUAUUUGAAAAGCUUCAAAAAUUCAAAAUUUCAGGAGCGGGAACAACGAUUGAUGGCUGAAUAUAGUGAACUUGAGGAAGAAAAUAUUGCACUUCAAAAAACUGUGGCGAAUUUGCGAGGAGCACAAGUCGAAUUCGAAUCGCUGAAAAUCGACUGUGGAAGAUAUGUUGAAGAUAUUUAUAUGUUGAAUGCAGCGGUUGAAGAAAGUACAGCACUUCGAGUAAUUGCUGAAAAACAAGUUGAAGAAGCAUUAUUAACUGCACAACAAGAAAGAGAACAAAGAUUAGCAAUGAAAAGAGAAUUAGAACAAGCGAGAAAUGCGGAACAUAUCAAUAGUUUGAAUGAUAUGUUGAUGGGUUUAGAACGAUUGGGAAGUAAUGAGGAUGAUAUGCAAGAAGUACAACCAAAACAUGGAGGAAAUGAUUUAUUUAGUGAAUUGCAAGGAAGUUCAGAUGUGAAAUUAAGGGAAUUGGAAGCGGCGAAAGAAGGAUUACAAGAGGAAUUGAAGUCGAGAGAAAAAGUGCUGAUUGAAUUUGUGAAAGGACUUAUGACUACUUUGAAUAUCCAUCAUCCAACUGAAGAUUUGGACUUUUUGCAUGCCAGACAACAAAAAGAUGUUGUUCUUGAGAAAAUUCAACAAAUUGCAAGUGUAAGUUUGGUUUUUCAUAAAGAUCUUUUUAAAAAACAAGAAAAAAUCUGCAUUUUUCUGAAAUUUUGAAAAAAUCAAGGUCUCGAGUAAUUUUUUUUCAAAUUUGACCAAGUUCAUUUUCAAGUCCUUAAACUACAGUCUAGUUUAGCUCUGUUGAAUGUUAUUCGCGUUAAUACAUCUUUUUAGUCUCAAAAACCUCAAAUUUCAAAAAAAUCGAAAUUUCAGAAAUUUGGGAGCAUUUCUAAAAUUUUUCCAGAAAUUUCCCAAUUUUCUCUCUCAAAAUUUGAAAAAAAUUCGACAAGAAAUCUUUUAAAACAAUUUACCAAAACCUCAAUUUUUCCAGGAAACCGGCAGACAUGAAAAAGAAGGAGAUGAAAGACGAGCCGGAAUUGUCAAGGCAGAUCUUCGAACUCUCAUUUUAAUUUCUGGUGAAAAAAGUGCACAACUCGCUUCGGCUCAAGACGCAAUGAUUCAAGUUUCCGAUCAAUUAUAUCAAUUUUAUCAUCAGAUGGCACAAAAUCAGGGAAUUCCCACAGAGAAAAAUGUGCUUGAUGUGAGUUUUUAUCAGGCUUAAAAACCAAAAUAACUAUUUCUAUUCAGAUUGUCAAAAAAUUGCGACAAUUGGCUCGUGAAAAUGCAGAAGAUGUUCCACGUGUUUCAUUGGCCGAUGAAGGAAUGGAAUCAGGAACUGAAACAGAUGUAAAUGCAUCUCGACCAAUUCCACUCAAUUCUGAUCGUUUGGUAAUUGCGCCAAGUUUUGUGAAAGAUGUUGAGCAUCGAUUGACAAGUGUUCGAUUUUCGGAUGUUUUGAGUGAAACCGAUUUGCGGCAACGUAUUUUGACCGAAGGAAAUUCGAUUUCUCAAACUACUGAUAGCCUUAAAAAGAUGUUGUCGAUUGUGAAAAGAACAUCUGAACAAGCAUUCAAUCAAGCUGUUUCUGCAAGUGGAGCUGAAAAUGAUGAAAUGAUUAUGCAAAAUAUGAAAUUGAGAAGUUUGUUGAGCACUAAACGAGAUCAAAUUUCGACUCUUCGAACUGUUUUGAAAUCCAAUAAAAUCACUGCCGAAACUGCGCUUGCAUCAUUACGUGAAAAAUAUGAAUCAGAAAAGAAAGCACAAGCAGAUAUCAAUGAGAAAAUGAGACGAGAAUUGAAACAAUUGAAAGAAGAUGCGGCAACAUUUGCAAGUCAUCGAGCUAUGUUUACAGCAAGAUGUGAAGAACUUCGAGCACAAGUUGAAGAACAGGCAAAUGAUUUGAGAGCAAAUGAAGAGGAAAAGAAAACAUUGAAUCAAUUGUUGCGAUUGGCUAUUCAACAAAAAUUGAAUUUGACACAGGUUUGUCAAUUUUUUAUUCGAUUUUUUCACCAAAUUUCAUUCUCAUAUCCAAAUUUUGGGGGAAAUUAUCCAAGUUUAGGAAAAUUUUCUUUCCAGCAAAAUUUGACUAAAACUAUAACCGAAUCAAAGCAAACUACCUGAAAUUUUUUUUGAAUAAUGAAAAAAAAAUUAAAAUUUGCUCUAUUUUUCCACGUUCACGUUUUUUCUUCUAAAAAAAAAUUCUAAAUUUUUAAAAUCAUUUCUAUUUUUCUCGCUAUUUCUAUAAUUUUUGCAGCGACUCGAAGAUGUUGAAGUUGAUCGGGAUCGACAAGCUUUCAAAAGAGCCAGUGGAAAAGCGCCGACUCGUGAAGUUAGUUUUUUCUAUUUUAAUAAAUAUGUGGCUAGAAAUAUUCAUCAAAAUUCAAAACUGUAUUUACAUAUACUUAGUUUCGAAGUUUAUGUUUCUUUUUUUUUGCAGCCAUAUCAACCACCAAAAGCAGUUCGAUAUCCAUCAAAUACACCAUCUGGUCUAAAUCAAUCAGCAAAUAAUAAUUCGGGGGGCCGAACAGGAGGAACACGUCGAGGUUUACCGGACAACAAUUAG